AUGACUGAGAUAACUUAUUUCAAUGAAGGUAUUAAUCGAAUUUUAAACCUUAAUAAGAUGUUAAGAACCCCACGAAUUUUCGACUCAGCAGUUUUAUCCACGUUAGCCAACAAUUGGAAAGAAUUAACGGACUUGCAAAGGUUGUUGACUCUCAUCAUCUCAAAAUUAAAAUUCAUUUCAUAA